UUAUAAUAACACAAACUCUUUGGUUAUAUAUUAACCAAAGUAAGCUACAUGAUAAGAAAAAGCUAAUAAAAUAUGAUUUAAACAGAAUAAUUUUUUUUUACAAAAGCUGUCACUUGGGUGGUAACUUUUAUGCAGUAAUAUACACUUAAGGUACUAAUAUGAAUCUUUAAGUGACCAAUAUGAACCCUUUAUGUACAAAGGUGUAACUUUUGAAAAGGUACCGCCCAAGUGACAGCUUUUGUACCUUUCUUUCUGAGAGUGAGCCUCCAGUGUUACUUUAAAGCCAUUUAGGGGAAACACUAGCAAUUCUCAACACUUACAUGUGCCAAUGUUGUGGUUGUUGCAAGCAGAUCUUAAAAUAAACAAUGCGGUAAGCAAAGGUAUAGGCUACAUACAACCUCAGAAAAGGGGAAAACCUAAUGCUUUGGCCGGAACAAAUGACUUUGACUUCAUUUCAGUCAAAUAAAUUAGCUUGUUUGAUGUAACAGUAAACAUAAUUGUUUAUAAUCAAGAAAUUGAUUUGCAGUGAAUAACUAACUUUUUUGCAAUAACUUUGCAAAAUAUGCAAAUUAAGGCAGAGGUUGCAUAAUAUGUUGGAUUUGUUAUGCAAAGAAACUGUAUGCAGCCUAAUUAAAUGCUUUGUGAGUGAGUUGGACAAGAAUUAUUUUUGGCAAUACUGUACUCACUAGUUUUAUAACAGUGGCAUGCAUAUAAUAAUGUGAGGUGAUCUCACAUUGACUUUGCUACAGGAUGUGGUAACAAUGGAAACCUGUUGCUUGAAAGGUAAGUAGCCCAGCGUUUGACUAUACAACCUCAGAAUACAAUGCAAAGGUAAAUCUAUCUACCCUCAGCCUUUAAUGUUAUCAGAUGCAUCACAAAUCACAUUUUUCACUGUUUGGUCAUAGCUGCAUCACUAAUCUGGCAGUAGGAAAAUAAUAUGUCAGCCACAGGCAGCUAAAUGACAAGUACGCAGUGAAAUCGCAGCCUCAGGCCACCACAUGUAAGAGGCUGUGUGUGUGUGUGUGUUUACAGGAAAUAACAGGUGACGGUCAUCAGCCUACACAUGCUCUGUCUUGAUCUUGCAACUUUGACAUCUUGAGUGUCAUGCAUCAUGUACAUUUCACAUCUUUGGAUAUUUUUUGGUGCUUUGGUGUCUUCAAAUGGAUGCAUAUAUGUCACCGUCAACGCCUCUCUGAAAUCUGAAGUCUAUCUCCCAUGUCACUUUGAUAUAAACCAUUACAAUGGAACAUUGGCAGUGAAUUGGAGACGCCAUUCCACUAUUAAGAGUCUUGUUACGAUCAUGACUGAUGGCAAAAUCAUCUUUGGUAGUCCUAGUGAAGGACGAGUGAAUGUUUUUCCCCUUCUGUCUAAACAUGGAAACUUCUCUAUCCUCAUCCAUGAUCUGCAGUCUUCAGACAUUGGCACCUACAUUUGUGAGCUGAACAGUGAAUGCUGGAGGGUGAAAAUCAUUGAACAGUACAGAAUCAGUGAGUCAAACUCCUGGCUCUACUUUGCAGCUGGAGCUGGAUUGUUUAUUCUCCUUUUUAUUGCAUUUAGCCUGUUAUCAAAAUUCUGUGGAAAGUGUGUAGAUACAUCAUCCAAAUCGAAUCCAGUUAAUGGAGUACGGAGUGAAGGUAGUAAUUCCCCCGAAGAAACACAGAAUACAGAAAGCAGUGAGCAUAGAAACAAAAACAAGAGGGGUGUGAGGAGGGGCCCUACAACUGUUUAUGGUAUGAAUGAUGUAUUUUGA